AUGGCUGCCGCUAAUAUUCCUACUACGGCGCCAGAGCCAGACAAGGAAGGAGAGGGCGACGAAGAAGAAAUCGUCCAGGAAAAAGCCAAAUCCAGACCACCGCCCGAGUCGCCUGCUCGCGCCACGUGGGGCAGUCAGUUGGAACUGUUCCUCGCAUGUUUGGGCCUGUCGGUAGGGCUGGGGAGCUUCUGGCGGCUACCUUCCCUCAUCAGCGCCAACGGCGGAGUCGCCUUCCUGGUGAUGUACUUGCUGCUCUCCAUCACGGUGGCCAAGCCCAUCUUCUGCAUGGAGCUCUUCCUGGGACAGUUCUCCAGCCAGGGCUCAGUCGGCAUCUGGCGAUGCGUACCCAUCGGCAAGGGCAUUGGCGUCAGCAUGGGCUUCGUGAGCGCGCUGGUGAGCUGCUACUCGGUGCUGCCCACGGCCUACGCGAUGCUCUUCGCCUGGCACUCGCUGUCGCUGCCCUGGGCCGCGUGCAGCGACCGGUGGGGCGCCGACGCGGGCUGCUUCGUGCGCCAACCGGGUUCGGUUCCCUGCAGGGACACGAACCGGUGGUUCGCCGAACACUACGCUCGCGCCAACCUCAGCCGAGGGCGCACGGUGUCGUACGAAGGCCUCGUGUUCCGCGUGCCCGAACGUGUCUUCGACAACAUUUCGGACAACUGCCAGCACGGAACGAGCACCGCUGCCGAGCAGUUCUACUUUCGCCACAUCCUGUCCCUGAGCGACGGCGUGACCGCAGCGGGGAACUUCCGCACCGACGUGCUCGUCUGCAUGGCCGUCUGCUGGGUCCUCUUGUACCUGCUCGCCGCUAAAGGCAUCAGGCUGUCCGGAAAGAUGAUGUACACGACCUCCCUGUUGCCGUGCGCGGCGGCGGUGAUGCUCAUGGUGAACGCAAUGCGACUGCCCGGCGCCAGCGUCGGCAUCCUGUACAUGCUCUGGCCUGACUGGGAGAUGCUGCUCGACACGAAGGCGAAAGACGUACAGGUCACGUACAAGUACGACGAGCCGUUCGGCGGUCUGGACAUGUGCGGCGACCUGCUACGAGCCUGCGGUUGCGCCUCAAAAGGAGGCCGCGUUCUCGGCAACCCUCACGAAAAUCGGGGGGCCCUCCAACCGGAAGCUGUGAGCGUCGCGUUCGUCAGCGCCGAUGUAGCCCUGGUCGUUGCGCCCGGUGCUGUGCGACUCUUCUGCUCCAAUAAGGACGUCGAUGCGUUCAACACCGAUGUUGCCCUACAGGGUGUGGGACACGUACGCGAGGCUAGAGCAGUUGAUGUGUACCUCGGGUACAGGUCCGACGAGAAGUGUGUUCGUGCACAGGCCAAGGUGGCCGGUAUGACGCGUGUUGAAAUGGGCAAUUUACCCCAUACGAUACCGCACGUCGGGUUCAAGCCCUACAUGGUCAUGUUCAACAUCGACGUGAAGGACGGACUCGUGAACGGUGCCGUCGGUGCACUUGGAGAUGUCGAGUACGCGCGCGAUGCAGUGUGCAUUUAG